AUGCAUCGUAUCUUUAAAAGACACAAGUCUACUCCCAUCAAUCAAUAUCCAACUCCUGAAAGUUCUCCAGAAGAAAAUACUAGAAGAAGAAGAUUUACUGUAGCUGUACCUUCACCUGCUGCUACCAGAACUACCUCGACAAAUAUCUCAUGGACUACUCCAUCUCAAUUCGAAUAUGAAGUAUUAUAUCCUAGAAAUUAUCGAAGAGUAAAUAAUACUGAUGAUGGAUCCGAUAAUGAAUCGGUAGCACUCUCUGAAGGAGAUACUAUUGUAGCUGAUUAUACUCAAUGUUUAGAAUUACAAGAAACUUAUAUUGAGAAUUUUACAUUAUAUUUACCAUUUAUAAUGAGACGAGUAAGAAAUAUUGAAGAUAGAAGAUUGGAAGGUCAUGAAAUAUUUAAUGGAAUGCGACUACAUGAAUUAAACCGUCCAAUUGUAGAUUUAGAUCCUGAUGAUGCUCCCACAAUCCAUGAAGAAUGUCCUACUGAUAUGCCAAUACAAAUGAAUGGUGCUAGAAUUUUAGAUAAAAAUCUUUCAAGAUAUAAAUUAAAACGUCAAUUAAUCAUGGUUGAAGGGAUUCUUAAACAUAAUACUUAUAUUUUCCCUAGUCGAGAAUCAUUUGAAUUUUUCAAACAAUUAAGAUCAGAUAUUAAAGAAAGUCGACGAAAUCUGAUUAUAGUAUAUGGACCAAAUGGAACUAUUGAACGAAUAGAGAAUCAUCUGCAUCUUCUGCAUCUGCAUCUGCAUGAGAUACCUAACAUUAAUGGUACAAUUGAUGAUAGAAAACAUAUAAUCCCCAUGGAAUAUAAGAUUAAAGGAAUGGGAUUACCAUUAUUAAAAAUGCAAAGUCCCAUGAUGUCAUUCUUUCGUAAGAAUACACCUUAUUUAUUAUUUAAACGAUAUCUUGAAGUGCCCCCUCCACCACCAAAUCCCGAAGAUAAGAAAACUGAAGAAGAUUUUGAAACAUAUACAAUUUGUACUGUCCAACUGAAAUUUUUCACCAGUUUUAGAAGAUUUAUAUUUGAAUUCACCUUUCAAUCUCAACCAGCAUUUAAAAUUGCCGUUUUCCAAAGUAAUUAUAGACCAUUUGCUGAUUUUAAUUAUAAACAUACUCGAUUUAGAAUAAUUGGACCGGCGACUACUCUGGGAUUAAUGCAAGAAUUUAACCCUCUUAUGAGAUUAUUAGUAUUGGAUGAUGAUCAAUGUUCAUUUACUGAUACAGUAUAUAAUAAAAAAUCAUUUGGAUUCCUGGAUUUAGUCAAAAAGAGUAAAAAAUCGGGUUCGUCAUCCUUAUCAUCAUCAUCACCAUCACCAUCAACUUCAUCUACUCAUAUCUCGAAUCAAUAUCAAGAAUUCAUCGAACUGGAUCCAACGACAUACAUAAACCCAAUGCCAAGAAGUGAACUCGCUGCAGAAGAUAUAACUAUCUUUGCUCAACCCAGUAGUAAAUUCAUAAGCAGUAAUCUCCCUCCAUUUGGUUCAUGUAAAGAAGGAUUCCUAUAUCAAGAUCCAAAUCCCCAUAUUAUGCAGAUUCCCAAGAAAUUCACCGAGGCGGGGCAGAUUGAAAUGUAUCAGGAUGAUACUUUCUUAACUGAGAACCCGAAUAGUACAUUAUCGAUAGAUGCUGAUUCGAUUGUAUUAAUGUGUAUUUUUGCGACUAUGAGAUACGUAAGUAUUCAAAAUCUUGCUAGUAAUGUGAAUGUGUCGGCUUUGAGUUUUAUGGGAAGGAUGGAAAGUUUGAGAUAUUCAGGUAUAACGGGGAAUCAUAGUAGAGGAUUUACGGGGAUAUAG